AUGCGAGCCAUUGUUCUUGUCUGUCUUGCUGUCGUUCUUUUCGCUGCCUAUGCUGAGGCAAAACCAAGUGAGGAGAGCCGACAAAAGUUGCGUGAAAGCGGUGCAAAGAUGGUGAAAGCCCUGAAAGAAGCUGUGAUGAAAGCGUAUGAGAAGAUGCGUGAACAAGUGAUGACCUACCUCGCCAAAGACGACCUCGGAGAGAAGAUGACUGAUGUGGUCGUUAUUUGUAAGUUGUUUAGAUAUACUGAGUUGAUAAUCGUUUUGUUAUAG